CGUCGCCCUCCCCUUCUCAGUCUGGCGUGUGUAGUGUCACGGUCUAGGUGUUGCUCGUCCUUCCCACGUUCGAAAUACCUUAAAAUCUGAGAUAACGAGUGCUUCCGAUCUGUUACGCGAGAAUCGGGGUAUCGCGACGGUGUCUUGCGCAAGAGGUCACGAGGGAUAGAUAUGCUGUGAGUGUGAGAUUCCAACUUCAGAGAAGCGCUGUUUGUAUGAGGAGUCGCGGAUUGGAAGAAGCGCAGGGCGUCGUCUGCAUGUUUACAUAGCGCAGUUUGGGACGCGUUCCUCACCCUCCGAUAUUUGUAACCUCUUCGAGCGACAGGAGAACACGGCGAAGACAAGCUAGACAACAUGGGCAACAUACACACCGUCGGACCAAACGAAGCUCUCGUGGUGUCAGGUGGCUGCUGCGGCGCCACGUCCAAGAAGACCAUCGUCGGCGGAUGGGCGUGGGCGUGGUGGUUCGUGACCGACGUGCAGAGGCUCUCCCUCGAGCCACACUGACGGUAGAAGAGGUGUACCGUGACCGAGACCAGUUUGCAUCCCUUGUGAGAGAAGUGGCUGGAAUGGAUGUUGGAAGAAUGGGUAUUGAGAUUCUGUCCUUUACCAUCAAGGAUGUGUAUGAUCGUGUUGAUUACUUGGCAUCAUUGGGCAAGUCCCAGACAGCUGCAGUAAAGAGGGAUGCUGACAUCGGUGUGGCUCAGGCAAACAGAGAUGCAGGAAUUAGGGAAGCUGAAGCAGAGAAAGCUGCUAUGGAUGUGAAGUAUAACACAGACACCAAGAUUGAAGACAACGCUCGACUGUACAAGUUGCAGAAGGCUCAGUUUGACCGUGAGAUCAAUACUGCGAAAGCUGAGGCACAGCUGGCAUAUGAACUCCAGGCAGCAAAGACACAACAGAAAAUCCGAAACGAAGAAAUUGCGAUUGAAGUUGUGGAGAGGAGAAAGCAGAUUGAG